AUGACUGGGAUCAGAAAGGUCAUCUUCUACGCUCUCGCAGUCCUUUCUGCCGUAGAUGCUUCCCAGACUUGCUACGCGUUGAAUGGUGACGCUGUUAGCUAUGAUUACGUUCCCUGUAAUCAGUUCAGUGGUGCGACUUCGUACUGCUGUGGAGCGAAUCGUUCGCUCGACAAUCUAUCAUUUACACCCGACAAGUGCUUGACUGACGGCCUGUGCUUGGCCGUGGCCCAAGUCAAUGGCAGAGAGAAAUGGACCUAUUUUCGCGAGUCUUGUAGUUCACCAGACUGGCCUACCGCCAACUGCCUGAGGGACGUCUGCACCUCGCCAAACGAGAAUGACGCCAAUGGAAAUGCUUUUAUGACGCCCUGCGACAAUAUCACUUACUCAAAUACGUGGUGCUGCGGGGACAACAAUACUGCUUGUUGCGGAACGGACAGCGCCAUCACUCUUGCUGUGACUCUCGGUGCCACCGCAACCUUGAGUUCAACGAGCAGCAGCCCGACCACUGCGACCUUAAGUUCAACAAGUAGCAGCCCGACGACCGCUUCAUCUACGGCAACGGCUUCAGCUUCCGCGUCGUCAACCUCAUCCACAGACUCCAGCCUCUCCAUCGGUGCGCAAGCGGGCAUUGGCAUUGGUGCCACAAUAGCCGGUCUAUCACUCGUCAGCCUCGGCGUACUCUGGUUCAUGCGACGACGACGCGCUUCCCGUUCCACCAGUCCCCAUGAUCCCAGCAGUCUGAUGGGAAGUACCCUCGCAUCGAGCAAGGCUCAAGUCUCAUAUCGGGACUACGAGGGUUUGGGCCAGAAACCAGACGGUUUGGAAGAGUGGCACCGACCAACGGAGCUGGACUCGUAUGAGGUCGGCGAGUUGGAUUCACACAGCCUUAGAGAACUCGAUGGCAACAAUCAUGAUGCGAGACCUUGA